GCUACUAGUGGCGUGCGUGGUCGUUAUAUAACACCCCGCGCCUGCACUCCUGCCACCUCUUAGCAAAAGCGAGGCGCUCUACUCACCACCAAAGCUACUCUAGCCCCCACCACCUUGUCGAUCGGCGCCAUGGGCAACUGCCUGAACAAGGCGUCCACGCAGCAGCAGCAGCGCGAGAUGCGGCGGCGGCGGCACGGCCACGGCGAGAGGGUCGCGCCGGAGGAGAGGGAGGAGGAGGAGGAGCUCAGGAGCAUCGGCCAGGUGCUGCUGCAGGAGGAAGAGGAGGAGGAGGAGGAGGCGCCGGCUGCGGCGUCGGCGGCCGGGAUGAAGGUGAAGGUGGUCCUGACGAGGGCGGAGCUGGAGUGGCUCAUGGCGCAGCUCAAGAGCGGCGAGCAGCGCCUCGAGGACGUCCUCCGCCAGAUGGGCAACGCCCGCGACGUCGACGACAAGCCGCCGCGCGCCGACGGCUGGCGCCCGCGCCUCGAGUGCAUCCUCGAGUGCCCCGAGGCCGCCGACGCCACCUAGCUCAACCUGCACGCGGCCGUUCUCGAUCUCCCCUCCCCGGUCACCACCAUCAGAGCUCGAUCUCCUCCAUGAGCUACCAGCUUUCUUGCUUAGAUCCGUCCGUGUGCAUGGUCCAUGGUGUGAUCCACGGAGAGGCUUCUUGUUUUUUGUGUGUUUCUCUCCAAAGGAUCCAUGGAGUGGCUUGAUCUAGGAUGCACACCAACUGUACUAUGUAGCCCGUUAGAGUUAGUAGCAGCUUGAUCUCUUACUGGUGUUUGUUGUACUCGUGCGUGCGCUUUGCUCGUCCGCUUGUUUUGGUUUUUCCCUCUAUGUUCUGUUUGUAAAUAGUGUGGCCUCACAUGGCAACGUCUGCUGCAGUUUUGCAUCGGAUCGGCUCGGAUCAGCUGUGACAAUUUUAGCUCACUUUGGUGGCGCAAUCUACCCUUUUGUUUUCACCUUGUAUA